AUGAGUGGGGCAAACCAGUCAAGUGUCCCUGAGUUCCUCCUUCUGUGGCUCUCCAGGCAGCCCCAGCAGCAGCAGCAGCUCCUCUUCGGGCUCUUCCUGAGCAUGUACCUGGCCACAGUCCUGGGAAACCUGCUCAUCAUCCUGGCCAUCAGCACUGACUCCCGCCUGCACACCCCCAUGUACUUCUUCCUCAGCAACCUGUCUUUUGUGGAUGUCUGCUUCUCCUCCACUAUUGUCCCCAAGAUGCUUGCCAACCACAUGCUUGGGAUUCUGUCCAUCUCCUUCUCUGGAUGUCUCACGCAGCUGUAUUUUUUCAUUGUGUUUGGGAACGUGGACAAUUUCCUCCUGUCUGUGAUGUCCCAUGACCGCUUUGUUGCUGUAUGCCACCCCUUACACUACACAACAAAGAUGACCCCUCAGCUCUGUGCUCUGUUGGUUGCUGGAUCUUGGGUCAUUGCCAAUUCAGAUGGUUUGUUGCACACCCUGAUGACAGCUCGGCUCUCAUUCUGUGCAGACCACAGAGUCCCUCACUUCUUCUGUGAUAUAUCUCCUCUCCUGAAGCUCUCCUGCUCUGACACAUACAUCAAUGAAAUGUUGAUUUUUACUGUGGGGUCCCUGGUAAUGAUCACUCCAUUGGUUUGCAUCCUGGUUUCCUACAUUUGCAUCACCUGUGCUGUCCUGAGAAUCCCAUCCACAAAAGGAAAAUGGAAAGCCUUCUCCACCUGUGGCUCCCACCUGGCUGUGGUUUCCCUCUUCUAUGGCACCAUCAUUGCUGUGUAUUUCAAACCUUCAUCCUCCCACUCAGCUGAGAAAGACACAGUAGCUACUAUGAUGUACACAGUGGUGACCCCCAUGCUGAACCCUUUCAUCUACAGCCUGAGGAACAAGACCAUGAAAGGGGCCCUAAGAAAAAUAAUUGUCAGGAAGACAGGUUCUAUGUGA